CCGUGAAUGCGCACGAGCCCGCUUUGUCCCUCGCGACGCUGUGUGGCGACGAAGACUGUGUAUGAACAAUUUUUGGUUCAUUUUUUGAAGGACACUGUUUCGUCUUCUCGUAGAUCGACGUGCGGAAAAUGAGCAUGAUGAUGGAGGCAAAGGAAAGAACUCGUCUGCGCAAGGAAAAAGGCCAGGAAGCAAACAGGAGCAGGCUAAGUAAUUCUUACUGCGAUCGAAAGAUAAAGGAAAAGAAAAAAACAAAAAGUGAGAAAGAGAACAGCAAGCAAAGAAGGCCUGAUUCAUCUUGAGUCCGCAUGACAUGCUGGCUUUUCUACUACUCCGAAGGAGAUGAGCUGCCAUGGCUGCGGUCACGCUAGGGAAAGCUCCUUGAGAAUAAGUACGGUUAAAGCAUGAGAAACUCAAAAACUAGACUUUGAAUAGUGAGAUUGUUAGUGCGGAUUUGUAAGAUGUGAAGACUACUUCUAGACGGUGCUCGGAUUUGAUUUUGAAUUUGAGCUCGUCCUCGGUAUUGAGUUUGCGUUACAAUAAACCUCUCCACUUCGAAACUAGGACCGUCAGCCGCCAACUCCCGGUCUACAGGAAAUCGUGUUGUAUUCUCCGCCGGGGUCAGCCACACCAACCGCCGUGUCGCUCUUCAAGGCCAAGAUGAACUUUGCAACAGGUG